GGGGACCUGUGUGUGGUCGCACUCCAGCCAUGUCUACAUACGGUAGACGCGAAGUGAACGACAAUGAUGACCUAAAUGACGACACUGGCGAUGUAGCAUAUAUGGACAAGAUACUAGGUGGUCGCUACGCCACUUACGGGGAAUUCCCCUGGAUGGUUGCAAUACUAUAUAAUGACAAGCAAAUGUGUGGAGGAGCUGUUAUAGGUGAAUUCUGGAUUAUCACCGCUGCUCAUUGUUUGUUUGACGGUUCUCAGCGAUACUACAAAAUUGCAGUUGGUGACCACAGUAUGACGUAUAAGGACACGAAUGAAGAAACCUUUGAGUUACAAACGGUUAUCAUCAAUGAGCGGUAUCGCGCAAGGCAGUACGAUUUUGACAUUGCGUUGGCCAAGAUAAAACCUAAAAGUAAUGGUCGUGGAAUUCAGUUCAACAAUUACGUUCAGCCCAUUUGUCUAGCCGAGUCUACAGACGACGCUAGAGUUGGAACCAAAUUUGUAUUUUCAGGAUGGGGAUGGACUUCUGGCAGUAAGAAUUCUUUCGGAAGAUCGCCAACACUGAAGAAAGCCAACCUCCCGUUCCUCGCCUACGACAAAUGCAAGAGAAUAUACCCCAGAGCGAUCUCACCCAAUGUCUUGUGUGCCGGCAAUAUCAACGGAGCUGAGGAUUUGUGUAGCGGCGACAGUGGAGGACCCCUUGCCCUUAAAGUUGAAAGUAGUUUUGUCUUAUAUGGCAUCGCUGCCUUUUCGUCUGGCUGUCAAAGACCUAACUACCCAACGGCAUUUUCAAGUAUUGCCAAAUAUCGAGGCUGGAUCGAUUCUACAAUCAGACGUAACAGUCGAGGCUCUGAGGGUACAAUGCCUGUACGUAAUGUGUAUUUUUGA